GACAAGAUGGAGAAAACCAAGACAAGUCUCCAGCAAGAGUUGGACGACAUGGUGAUAGGUCACGACCAACUUCGACAAACUGUCACAAAUCUGGAGAAGAAGCAAAAUAAGUUUGACCAGAUGCUGGCGGAAGAGAAAAACAUAAAUGCACGCUAUGCAGAGGAGCGAGAUCGGGCUGAAGCCGAGGCCCGUGAGAAAGAGACCCGUACACUGUAUUUGACCCGCGAGCUGGAAACUCUGAUGGAUCUAAAAGACGAGGUGGACCGCAACAACAAACUGCUUCGGGAUGAAAUGGAAGAUCUGGUGUCAUCCAAAGAUGAUGUUGGAAAGAGCGUGCACGAGCUGGAGAAGUCCAAGCGUGCCAUGGAUCAGCAGCUGGAGAUGAAAACACAGCUUGAGGAACUAGAGGAUGAGUUGCAGGCCACGGAAGAUGCCAAGCUGCGUCUGGAGGUCAACAUGCAGGCCAUGAAAGCCCAGUAUGAACGGGACAUGUCCGGACGUGACGAGAUGGGUGAGGAGAAGAGGUCUCUGAUCAAGCAGGUCCGCGAAAUGGAAAUGGAGCUGGAAGAUGAGCGCAAGCAGCGUUCUGGUGCAGUUGCUGCACGUAAAAAACUGGAGCUAAACUUGAAGGAACUGGAGGCGGCCAUCAACGUGGCCAACAAGCACCGUGAGGAAGCCCUCAAACAACUGAAGAAACAGCAAGCCCAGAUGAAAGAACUUAUCAGGGAACUGGAUGACACUCGCAUGUCUCGAGAGGAAAUUCUGGCCCAGCGUACGGAGUCUAAGAAGUUAAAGGGUAUGGAAGCUGAUAUGCUCCAAAUGCAGGUGGAUGAUGAGAGACGCAACACCGAGCAGUACAAACACCAGGCAGACAAGUUGAACUCUGGCAUUAAGCAGCUGAAGCAGCAGCUGGAGGAGACCGAAGAGGAGGCUCAGAGGGCAAACGCCUACCAAAGGAAGAUGCAGAGGGAGCUGGAGGAUGCCACAGUGUCAGCAGACGCCAUGACUCGUGAAGUCAACAUCCUCAAGAGCAAGCUGAUGCGUGGUGACCUCCCUUUCACUAUGGAUCGCAUUGUGACCCGCAUUGGCGCGGAAAGUGACUAGGAGGCCGAGCCCAAGACCGAGACCCCUGAGCCCAGACCCGAGUAAAGACCUGCCAUGCAACUUGAUUGUUUUUUUUUGUUUUUGUUUUUUAGCAUCCGACCAACCCAAAUCUUGUCUACAUAAUGAAGAUUCAAGAUUAAUGAACUAGAAAUGCCAACAUAUUUUUAAAUUAUGGGAAAAAAAAGAACGAAAUUUGAAAAAAAAAAUAAUAAAGAAAAAAAAACUGAGAAGAAGAAUCGUGUAAAAGUGAAUUUGAAUGGCUCCCUUUCAAGUAAUUGUUACAGUGUAAACAAUUAGGGGCCUGUUUGUAGGAGCCAUUUUGGGCCUCCUUAUUUUGAGUUGGCAUUACUUUCUUUUGUCACUAGGUGGUGGGCUUUUUGGUUGAGCAGUGCAGGGUUGAAGGCAUAUAUAGGAGCACAGGUGAGCUGAUUAGGGAGGACUCAAGUGUGGGAGCACAAACCGUUCUUACCAACAGCAGACAACAACAGCAGACAACAGCAACAGGCAGGAAAGACAGGAGAACAUAUGGCACAAUGUCACUACAAUAAUCCAUGGUAUGUUUCAUUCACCCUGCAAGUUUAUUAAUAAAUAUGCAUUAACUGGAUUUCUGACUGGACCUCACUUCAAUGCAAUGUUUGCUGC